AUGGCAUCGCCGAGGACUGAGGAAACUUCCCAACUAAUCAAUGCAGUCGACUACUUCCGGAAGUGUCCCGAGCGGCCUGCACCACUAGCUUGCUUUCUCAGUCAUGUACACAGCGAUCACUUGCAGGGCCUGGAGUCCUUCCGCGCACCGUUUAUUUACUGUUCUCCCGCAACGAGAGAGCUACUGCUCCGCAUCGAAAAGUACCCUCAUCGAAUGAACUUUACCAAAGGCAUCCUAGAGUCACGCCGGCUGCACUAUAAGCAUUUGGCAAAGCUUCUGCGCCCAAUCCCUUUGAAUGCCCCAACAGAGAUUGAACUCACCCCGCGAUGUCGUAUCAGGGUGACAUUGUUCGAUGCAAAUCAUUGCACUGGGGCUGUGAUGUUCCUCAUAGAAGGGGAUGGCAAGGCGAUCAUUUACACGGGUGAUAUUCGAGCCGAGAAAUGGUGGGUCGAUAGUUUGAUCCGCCAUCCCGUCUUGAUUCCAUAUACGCUGGGCCAGAAACGACUGGAUAAGUUGUACCUGGAUUCUACGUUUGCGAGCAAGACCAAUCCGUUUCGACAGUUCCCUUCCAAGGCCGAAGGGCUGGCUGAACUGUUGCAGAAAGUUCAAACUUAUCCCCACGAUACCAAAUUCUAUUUUCGGGCGUGGACAUUCGGCUAUGAAGACGUGUGGGUGGCACUCUCAUCCGCAUUGAAUUCCAAGAUACACGUGGAUCGCUAUCAGAUGGGGAUUUAUCGAUCACUAACCCAAUCAAAACUACCAGGAGUCAGCGAGGUGCCGGCUCUCUGUGGCUUUGAGCUAGGGAACCGAGCUGUGAGCGGCUGUCUCAGCAACGACGAGUCAAGUCGAAUCCAUAGUUGUGAACCUGGAGUAUCGUGCUCCGCAGCUGGCGGCACAAACACGGUGUAUAUCGUGCCUAUCGUUAACCGCACCCCCAAUGGUACUGAAGUUCCCGAAGUCGGCGCCGGUGGUGGUAUUGGGGAUCUGUACCAGGCCCACGAACUCGAGCUGCCAGACGAGUCCGCACUGGCUGAGUUGGAGAAACUCUGUCUGCAACAUGUUCAUGAUCCGGAGGUGUUGCUCCAAAUGCGAAACGCACUCCUUCGAGGAUUCAAGUCGAAGAAGAAAGCCUUAUCACUGGAGACCUAUGGUCUCAAGCAAGGAGGCGAGAUAUCCUUGAAGAAACUUGUGACUGCCCUCAGCCACGGACCGUCCAGCGUAUCUGAUAGAACUGCGGAAUCUGAUCUUCCGACCACAAUACGCUUCCCAUAUUCUCGGCACUCCUCCUAUUCCGAACUUUGUGGGCUUGUCGCCGCAUUCCAGCCUCAAGAUCUUUAUCCAUGCACCGUUGACUCAACAAAAUGGAACGAUGAUGUUUCAAUGGAACGCCUCUUUGGCCACCUAUGUUCAGGCAACAUGUUUACCCAUGAUAUCCGCAUGCGAAAGAUCAAGGAAGACGAAGAGAGCGAAUCUCGCCCGAUUAAAAGGGCACGCUACGAUACGGAAGUAUCCACUCAGUCCUCCCAAGAAACCAGCAGUGGGUUGGAUUAUAUCGAAAUUCACCCAGCUGAUCCAACUCCCCAGGCCGAGGAGCAGCCUUUACCACGCCAAUUCGGUACAUCAGAAGAUGCGGCCAGGGAGAAACGCAAUGAGAUCCGCCGCGCACAUCGCUAUCUACAUGAACACGCCCAGCCGGGACUUUUGCAACUUGACCCUCUUCCUACAACCUGGCCAACAGCAGAUGAAGAUAACUUCAACAUAAAUGUGGCCAAUGAAGGCGGCGAGGACGAUGAGGACGACGAAGCCACACCCGUACCUGAGCAACACCCAAGGCAUUCAGCUACAUCUUCUCCAGUAUCCAAAACGAACAACCCAACACGCAUUUAUUCGACAGACGGCGCCAUGUCCCCAUAUCCCUCCAAUGGUCAGACAGAUAGCCAGCUGACAGAUACACUUACGGUCUCAAUCUCCGAGUCAGCAUUCGACUCCCCCGAUCAAAUGGGAGACUCGCCUCGAAACCGAGAAAGUGUGGCUCGUGCACGCCGUGCGCGCAUGGAUGCGUAUCUAGCUGCACGUCGGGAUACCUUUUCUGCAUGGACAGAUGUGUCGCUUGUUUCGGCGGACAACCAUGCCGAGGAGGAGAUCGAACUGUAG